UUUUUAAAUACGCAAUGAGUGCAUUAAAUAAACGAAAUUCUAGCCGCUGCCAUUUCGCCGUCACGCAAAUGUUAUUGUUAUUGGCAAUAUGCGCCUACUCCUCCUUAGUCAGUGUGCCAAGGUGCGCGCUGGCGAUUGAAUCGUUGGAGGAAUCAGCAGUGGCAAGCGAUUCGAAGGAGGACUUCGAAGAGGGUUUCGCUGCCGAUACGUUACUGGCGAAAGAUACAAUAUUGAAAAAGAAUCCUGCGAAUAUUGGCAACAAGCUGAAGGAUUUGUGGGAGCAGAUACCCGAGUAUAUGGUCGAUGGUGGGGAAAUAAAGAAGUGAAGCGGCGAAGAGUCAACAAAUGAAAAUUAGCAGCGCCGGCUGAAAUAGCAAAUAGUUUUAGAAUUGUACUGAGGAGAUUUUCGUAAAACAAAAAAAUGCAAACAAUGCACUAAUAAAUAAUUGGGUUGCUUCUACAUAUAUCCAUUCGUACGUAUGUAUG